UGGAAUUUGUCCCUGACUUAUGCGUCUAUGCUAAGCUGUUAUAGUGACAGUGGCCGAGGCGGACAAAGGUCAAGCCGCUCAUAGUAUUAUUAUAUAAGAUUGAGAUAUGGCAAUUUAGUAGACUUCAAUUCUAUAUCUUAUCGACAGUACAGACUCCGAGCUGUGUACCUUGUUUAUCAAUCAUUAACACUCAAUAUCAAAGCAUCAGCUUAACAAAGCAACGAAGCAAGGCAACAUACAAAGCACCACGUCCAUAACAUCGAGAUCACACACUCAAACGACAAAUCGCAAUGGUUUCAAGCAAGCGCACAGUCCUAAUCACCGGAUGCUCUGAUGGCGGACUAGGUCGCUUCCUCGCCCUCGCAUUUCAGGAAGCUGGCUGGCGAGUCAUCGCCUCUGCGCGUACUGUCUCCAAGACCAAAGCAGUUGCCGAAGCAGGCAUCGAGGUCGUCCAGCUCGAUACACUAUCCGCCGAGUCGAUAUCUGCUGCCGUCAUCGAAGUCUCCAACCUCACAGGAGGCAGCUUAGACAUGGUCCUUAACAACGCUGGCGGCGGCUACACGGCCCCAGUCCUCGAUAUCCAAUGGGAACAAGCCCGCGACUUGUUCGAGCUGAACUUCUACUCAUUGAUCUCCGUAACGAGAGCAUUCCUACCCCUGUUGCGCGCCAGCAAGAGCGGCGGAAUCGUCGUUAAUAACACGUCCGGCGCGUCGCUUUGGGUCGGCGCAAUGCCGUUCGCUGGUGCAUAUAAUGCUUCCAAAGGCGCUGCGACACAACUGACUGAAACAAUGCGCCUCGAGCUUGCACCAUUUGGCAUCCGCGUCAUCAAUCUGCUUACUGGUGGCGUGAGGACUACCUUUUAUGAUAAUGCGAAAAAUCCAUCACUACCAGCGGAUAGUAUCUUCAAUGUUGCCAAAGAUCGGGUAGAGCGUGCGAUGGGUGGGAAAGAAAUCAUGGAAAAGAACUUAGAGCCAAUGGGCUACGCGCGGAAAGUCGUUGCGAAGCUGAGCGUGUCAAAUCCGUCGCAUUGGGUGUGGGCUGGAAAGAAUAGUACUCUGGCGUGGUUGGCGACAUUUUUGCCUAUCGGAGCUGGUGAUUCUAUGAUCAAGAAGAUGACUGGGCUUGAUGUUGUCGAGACGACUUUAAAAGAGGCCAAAAAGACGAGUUAGAGGUAAUGGAAAUAGGGGGUCUAUAGCAAUCAGCAAUCUCGUAUUUCAG